UCCCGCCCAAAUCCUCACGGGAAACAGGAAGUUGCGGACUCAUUUUCUCCAUCAAAACAAAAACAUUUAUCCUCGUGCUGCUAUCUAGAUCUUUACAGACCCUUUUAAAGCAUGAUAGCGGUGUCAUGGGGAGUGUGAUCAGACUCAGACUAGAACCACGGUGCCGUAGAUAGUUACCUGCAGCUGUGACAGGUUACCAGCUUAGCCUAGCCUAUCUUAGCUUAGCUUAGUCUAUCUUAGCUUAGCUUAGCCUAGUCUAUCUUAGCUUAGCUUAUUGCUCCUCGUCCAUGGCGUCGUCAGCGGGAAUACCACCGUUCGGCCCUGAUUGCGCUGCUCCUUCCGCCGGGGCAAAGCCGCCUCUGCCCAGACAGCUUCCCAGUUCGGCUCACUCCACUCCGGGCUGUGUGAUGGUGGAGUCGGUGGACGAUGCGGAGGGUCUUUACGUGGCGGUGGAGCGGUGUCCUCUGUGCACCACCUCCCGCCGCAGGCUCAUCUGUGCCCGGUGCGUCCAGGCUGGUGACUUCGUGUACUUCGAUGGGAGGAACACAGAAAGGUACUCAGAGAAGUUGGAACGACUGAAGAAGCUGAAGGAGGAGAAGGAGAAGCUGCAGCAGAGUGUGAUCCAGAGCAUGGACAGGAGGCUGAAGGCUGAUGAGAUAAAAUGGAAGAUCAUGUUGUGUAAGAUAAAGAUUGAACAGCUGAAGGAGGCGGUUGCCUGGGGCAACGAGGAGAUGAAGAGUGACAAGGAGCUUCUCGUGCACUCUCAGGAAGAUGCUCAGCGGCUGCAGCGCCGGGCUGGACGCCACAAGGAGAAAAGAGACAAGAUAGAGCGGCACAAUCGGCGUCUGGGGGAGCUGCUGGAGAGACGCAGUCGAGAUUAUCAGAGCAGACUGAGCCAGCUGGCGGCGCUCAGGCGAGACCACAUCCUGGAGCUAACCACCUACAUUUUUCCCAUGCAGGAGGAGAAGCAGGGCAGCAGAGACCCUGCAGAUGUGAUAGCAGAGUGCGACCCCGCACUCACCUCCAGCACAGUGACUGAGCUGGCCGAGGCUCGGAGGACAACCUACUUGUCGGGUCGCUGGAUCUGGGAUGACCAGAACGGAGAGACCAGCAUCAGCAUCACAGGACCCCCAGUGGUGUUGCCCAGCAACGGAGACUGCUCCGCUUACUACAGCUGGGUGGAGGAGAAGAGCACCAGUGAGGGCCCAGAACUGGACCACAUCAAUCCCGCUCACACCAUUAGCGCCGCCCUGUGCUACGCCACACAGCUUGUCUCCAUCCUGUCUCACAUCCUGGACAUCAACCUGCCCAAGAAGCUCUGCAACAGUGAAUUUUGUGGAGAGAACCUCAGUCGGUACCGGUUCACCAGAUCUCUGAGCAAGCUGAACACCAACAUCCUCCACCUCUGCUUCUCACAGCAUGUGGACAGCGAUAAGCUCCACCCCCAUCACACCCUCAGGAACAUCAUGUUUCUGGUCUCCCCUGACAACGACAAUCUGGGCAGGACCGGUCCGUUCGAGGUGAGCGCCGACCUGGAGGAGUCCAUGGAGUUUGUGGAGCCAGAGGUGGCAGGGCCAACGGAGGAGAGUGGGGACGAGGCGGUGACAGAUGAGGAGACGGACCUGGGGACAGACUGGGAGACGGUGCCCAGUCCACGAUUCUGUGACAUCCCCUCUCAGUCCAUGGAUCUUUCCCAGAGUGCCUUGCAGGUGUCCCAGCCAUCAGCCCCCUCCGGAGGGAUGAUCUCGUCGGCCGCUGCAUCCGUCACCUCCUGGUUCAGAGCUUACACCGGCCAGCGCUGAUCCGAGUCGGAGCUGCUGCGGAGCAGGCGGGACCGGGGCGUGUCAGAGGUCAGCGGAACCGGACCUGCUGAUCUUGGUGUCUUCAGUUGUCUCCAGGCGGAUCAGCGAACCUUUACAUAUCAGCUGGUCCGGCUCCAGUCAGAGGAAGAUGCAGAUGAACCUGCAGAUGAACCAGCUGAGGAGUUGUACUUCCUGUGAGGUCAUCAGUGUGCGACCAGGUUUUAUUAGCAGAUGUACUCAGACUGAAGUCUGGUUUUACUCAUCUAAACUCUGGUAGAGAUUCUGUUUUCAUGUUCUGCCUCAGAUCAGCUGCUGAGUCUCUGUGUGGACGGGCAAACACUAAACGUCGUCUUGGCAACGACACCAUAUGUGCUUAAGUUCUAAUGGUUAGGAUGCUUUUUUCAUAAACAGGUGUGAAGUCUGAAAUGUCCACAAACGCAUCUUCUUCUGCUUAUUAAUACAACAAAUGACUCUUCAUGUCACGAUGCUGAUGUUGAUCUAAAAGUUAAAGUCCACAACCGCUGCUUCGGGUCAGAGGAGAACCUGCCAGCUGUCCAUCUGCUCGCCUCAAAGGGAAAUCUCCUCGUCUUCUGAUUCACUUAUCUUUUUACUUUUUAUUCACAUGUGUGAUGACAAGAGGGAAACGAGACUGGUUGCCAUGGUGAUGAGUAAGCAGAGUCUGACAUUCAGUUGGGUGUUGGUUUAGUCAGAUUUAGAACCGCCUCAAAGAGACUUGAAAACCAUCUGAAAUGUUUUUAUGUCUAUGAAAAGUUCGAUUUUUAAAUAAAGUCUUGUUUGUUUCUGAA